CCCAGACAUGUCGGAAGCUCAACAUGUUGUUCGUUACACGUUUUCUCGAAGUAGAAAUAAAUAGCAUCCCAGCAACAGUUUUCAGUUUUCAGUGUUUUCAGUCACAUACCGAAAUGCUUAAACGGAAAUAGCUCGUCCUCAAAAAAUCGUGCGAAAUAAAUUUGUACUGGAAAUGUACACAAACAUUCAGUUUAUGUAUAACAACUAAAUUCCGUUAUAUACACUUUACACUAAAAAUAGUUGUGUGUGAAAUUUUCAGUGCUGUAUUGGACGUUAAGCUAACAUUUGAGUGCAAUGAAUAUAAUUAUGUUUAGAUUUGUUUAAUAUUCGAUGUUCGUUUGAUAUGCUUGAAAGGGCGGCCACCAAAUUAUUUACUACGAAUUGUGCUUUAGUUUUAACGCAUUUUAUUAUGACAGGAAUACCUCGGACGUGAUGGACCAGGAGCCAAAUGGCUCUGACGGAAGAAAUACUACUGUUGCUUCAAAUGCACAUCCUCUACCAACUCUGGAUCCAUAUUACCAAACAUAUGAUGUCAUGACCGGAAUACGAAUAGCUGCCACACUUGGCAGUUUUUUUGGCCUAAUGGCUCUCCUCAUGCUAUACAAAUCAAAAUCAAAGACUGAGAAGGCCAUGGAAGAUCCAGAUUUUACAGCUGCAGCCAUUGCGGAGGUAUUAAAAGUUGAAGAGGAAGUAGAGCGAAAAUUGCAAAAGGCAUUAGAGGCAACAGUACAACAUCAAUUAAAUCCCAGAAGGAUAAGACGAUCUUUGGAUACAUCAAGUAUGUCUCCCAAUUGGAAUAGAAAUACGUCACGGUUUUCAUCUGUUGUCGGAUACGCUGAUAUUAUAGAUCCUUCGAAUAGAUCCCAACAUAAACUUCCAACAUUUACAGAUGAUGAAACUGAGGAAGUCGGUUCCUUGUACGAUGACAUUUAUUAUAAUGAUCACCUGGAUGUACCACGGCGACCCAGCAAUAUCACCUGCUCAUCAUCAGGCAGCUCAUAUUUAGAACGUAGAGAUUCUGCGACUACUUUAGGACUUUCAACGAUACCAGUGCAUAAAUGUAAAUCUCCUCAGUGUCGGUUCUCGAUUGCGCCAGAGUUCUACAAUUAUUGUUAUCCAAUAGACAUUAGAGUAAUACAACCCACUCCAGGAGGAACUCCUUAUGGGAGUAACAGAGCUCUAUAUGACAAGAUGAUUGAUAUUCCGAAUUUAAAGCCAAAGCUUGCUCCGCUGGCUUCUAUUAGUAGUUGUAAUAGUUCAUUAGGGACAGAUGUUCCAGACUUUGAAGUACAAUCAUUUGCUAGCGAUUCUGUAUUUCAAGAAGAUGACGAAGAUACAGAACAUGAAGUAGAUGAAUUUAGUACAGACAGCGAUGUUAAUAGUGAUGAUGGUGCUUGUUAUGGAAGAAGAAGAAUAAGACUGACUGUUCCCGUGGACAUUGAACAUAUUCCUUCUUCGAAAACAUCGUCAACAUUGGUUGGAAGUCAAGAAAAAAAUAUUUCUCUGUCUUCUUCGGAAAAUAGUUUAGUUAACUUAGAAGAUAAACAAUCUUGGGUCCAAGAAGCACUAUUUUGAAUAGCAUAAAUUAUUUUUGGACAAGUUAAUAUCCCGUUUAUCAACAAUAAACAACAUUGUUUAUGUCCCUAACCUAUACUCUACCUUUCCCAUAAUUCCUGUUGCGAAAAUAUGUAUUUUUUUCAUGUAGAUCCAAUUUAACUGUAUGCUCUGUUACUAUUUGUCUAAAUAAAAUAAAAUUUAAAUAAAAG